CAACUCAUCUUCUCACCUUCACACUCUUUUUAGUGCAUUUUGCAUUUUGUUUUAGCAUUCUUUUUUCUCUCUAUUAUUUCAUACUCUCUUUUGCACUUUUGCACCCCUUUUUCAAUACCUUCUCUCUCACUCUUUCAAUUAUUCUGAAAUAAUCCUCUCGAGUCCUGAUCAAUCAAAUCCGCAAAAAUGCAGCUCUGUAACAGCCCAAUCGUAGUUCUCCUGAUUGUCAAUUUGAUUGCAGUCAAUGGCAGAGCUCUUCCACAAAUCACCAAUGGAGACCUUUCUAGCUUCAAAAAACAGUUAGUCUAAAUGUCCACAAAUUAUCUUUUCAUGAAGCUAAUAAUUACCCCAGCAGUUCCGGUAGUGGUUCAUCUACAGUCGUAGUAUCACGAUCACCACACUCUGGUGCCCGCAAGGAGGACUUGCCAACCAUCUCUACUCCAAAGGCCAAGAGACACGAAGAUGACGACAGUGACGAUGAGGAGUACGAUCUGACCGACGACCUUGAGCAAGCCAUCGAGGAAAAAUACCAGACUUGGAAGGCCCAUAUGGGCGAGAAGAUCAAGCAAGGGCUUCACUUAUCAAACGACACCGCUCAUGCCGCUACUCAGAAGACCAUUAUUCCUGUUGAGGCCCCUCCUGUUGAGGGUCCUCCUGUUGAUCUCGACCUUAAGGAUGAUGCCGAAGAUAUCAAGAAAGAAGCCGAAGACGAGGAGGAAAUGCCCAUCAAGCGCCGUCAAGAGGAUGGAUACGAUCUUUCCGAAGACCUUGAAAAUGAAGCCACGGAGAGAUACGACUCAUGGAGACAGCACCUACAAGACAAAUUCGACGCAAAGGUUCAAGAAAAGGUCAACAAGUACCUUCCUGUUCCUCCUCAGAACGAGACUGCUCCCCUCGCCAAACGCUUUGAUUUUACGGACGCCAUCAAAGAUGCUUUCACGGGCAAGAUCGAGGAUGUCAAGGAAAAGGCCGCUACCAAGUUGCUCAAGACAGCUGGCAUACUCCCACCCCAAACGAACGGAACCAGCUCUGCUGAUCCCGCCAUUGAUCCAGCUACUGGUCUUCCAUACGCAGACCCAGCAAUUGAUCCGGCUACUGGUCUUCCAAUCGCUCCCCCAGCCAUCGAUCCUACUACCGGUCUUCCAAUCGCUCCCCCAGCCAUCGAUCCUACUACCGGUCUUCCAAUCGCUCCCCCAGCGCCCGCUCCUUACCCAGCUCCAGCUCCUUACCCGGCUGCUCCUUACCCAGCUCCAGCUCCUUACCCGGCUGCUCCUUACCCAGCUCCAGCUCCUUACCCGGCUGCUCCUUACCCAGCUCCAGCUCCUUACCCGGCUGCUCCUUACCCAGCUCCAGCUCCUUACCCGGCUGCUCCUUACCCAGCUCCAGCUCCUUACCCGGCUGCUCCUUACCCAGCUCCAGCUCCUUACCCGGCUCCUGCUACAGUUCCUGCUGCUGCCCCAGCUGUAGCCCCUGCCGUUGCUGCUCCUGCCGCUGCUCCCGUCUCCAAGAGACAGGAAUUGACCGUGAGCUUCGACGGAAAAUGUAGUGCGACCCAAACCUGCUUAGGCUCAACUUUCGGUCCCUGCUGCAGUCAAUACGGAUGGUGCGGAAGCUCUGAGGCUUACUGUGGCACCGGUGGAGGCCUCCCAACUACUCAACCACAGGAUGUCGAUGUCAGCGAGGCUCUUGCAGCUUUGGCUGUCGCAAAAUGGGAAGAGUUGAAGCGAGACUUGGCACAGAAGAUUGAUGGGAUGAACAACGCUACCUCUGGUGCUGUUGAUGGUACUCAAAAGUUCUCCGAAGACCAAUGGAACUCUCUAAAGGAAAGCAUUGGAGACUUCCGCAAUGCUACAUCUGACAACAUCGACGCUCUCCAGGACUAUUCUGCCGAGCAAUGGAUGGAGAUCAGAAAAAACUUUGAAGAACUUCGCCUAGCUGCUGCUAACCAAGUUGACGAGGUUCAGCAAUUCACUGACGAGAAAUGGGAGUCCGUCAAGCAAAGCAUCUACGACACCCGCAUGUCUGUCUUCGAGAAGGCCCACGAAAUCAAGGAAAAUAUUGGUAACAGCAUCGACCGAGCCGGAGAAAAGAUUGACAACAAAUACGAUGAAUUCAAGAACUCUACCAAGGACGCCAUCAAUGACGCUCAGGACCUCGCUCAGGACGGUCUCUACCUUGCUGGUGACGCCGGUCACUAUGUUAAGGAGAAGGUCGGAGACGGUGUUGACAAAGUCGCCAACGUUACUGGGAAUGCUGCUCACCAGAUUAAGGAAGACUUUGUUGAUCUCAAGGACGAUGUCAAAGAGUUCGCUGAAGAUGCCGGUGAGGACGUUGACAGCAAAUGGGACGCAUUCAAGCAAUACUUGGGUGACAACAUCAUUCACCUCGGAGAAAAGAUCGGAAACGAUGAUGAUGACUCUAAGGUUGUCAAAGACCCACAGGACCUCCCAGUUGAGAAUUCAGAUCCACUUCCAGUCGAGAACUCAGAUCCACUUCCAGUUGAGGACCCAGAGGCCCUUCCAGUUGUGAAGCGUGAAUCCGGAAAAUACAAUGACAACUACGGCUCUGCUGACGAGGGAUGGGCCGAGCACAAGAACUAAUUAAACGACCAGAUGCAUUACUAAUGUCGAUGGAAAACGCCACUUGAUUUGAAUCUGGAGUUUGGUUGGCGAGUUUUUGUUUUUGUUUUGAUUUUCUUUAUUUUGGGGAUUGUAUAAAAGUCGAUGAAUGGGAGUUGAAUGACGAUAGACAUUGAGACAGUUGAUGUGCAUUCAGUUGCAGAGAUGAAUUCUUUCAACACACAGAGGCUCUAGGAAGCAUAUUGGGGUUUUAGAUAUAUGUUCUGCCAGAGAUAAUUAGCAUGCUAGUUUUACAUAAAUGAGAGAUUUUGGGUUUUCUUUAUAAAGAU